AUGAGCACAAAGUCUACAUGUGUUUCCCAAGCUGUUCGAGAUCCUCAAUGGUGUGCCACCAUAUCCGAGGAAUUUUAUGCCCUCAUUCGCAAUGGAACCUGGGAGCUUGUUCCUUCCUCUCCGACUCAGAAUCUCAUUAGUUGCAAAUGGGUGUUCCGCAUCAAGCGGCACCCUAAUAGUAGUAUUGACAUGUAUAAGGCUCGUUUGAUGGCUAAGGGGUUCCACCAACGCCUUGGAAUUGAUUUCGCUAGCACAUUCAACCCAGUAGUUAAACCUACUACUAUCAGAGUUGUCUUCUAUCUUACAUUUACUAACCUAUGGCCUAUUCAUCAACUUGACAUAAAUAAUGCAUUUAUGGAUGGCUCUAUUAGUGAGGAUCUGUUUAUGAUCCAACUACUUGGCUCAUCUGGCCCAAUGGUUUCUAUUAAGGAUUUGGGGUCCCUUAAUUAUUUUCUUGGUGUAGAAGUUGUCCCUACUGCUAGUGGUGUUUUCUUAUCCCAACACAAGUAUAUUCAAGAGCUUUUAAACAAGGCUCACAUGGAUGGUGCUAAGGAGGUCAUUGUUCCCAUGUCCACUUUUGCUCAUCUCCUUGUUCAUGAUGGAUCUCCUACAACUGAUGCCAUAGAAUAUCGACGCCCUGUUAGUAGUUUACAAUAUCUCAGCAUCACUCAUCCUGAUAUAUCGUUUGAUAGUGAAAUACAUGGUGGAAUAUUUGAUGAAGAAGAACAAGGUCUUGCUGUACCAGAGGAAGUUUGA